AUGGCAUUCCGAUCUCCAACCCACGCCCCUCCUCGUCGACAGCCAUCCUAUUCUACAACCCUCGAGAUCGAUACUCAUGCUUCUCAACACCAACAGCAAGUAGAUGACGACGCGAAAGAAUGGAUUCUUUUCUCUCCCUCCCAAGCCGCGUCCACUACCACCCGCACGCGGAGCGACUCCACCGAACGAACCGCACGUACCGCAGGUGUCUCGCGACUGAGCGACUUUGGCUCCUUCAAUGCAGCCACUCAUCUAGAAUCGGGUGACAGCGCGUCUGUUGAUGCAUUGGAUGAAGAAGCGACGGAACUGGACAGUUUAGACGAUGGUCUACGUGAUUUUCGGGAUGCCAACGAGCCCGACAGCAGUGCUUACCCCGUGCUACCCACUCACGACGGAUUAGGGUCUUUCCAUGCCUCGGGACAACAGGUCCAAGAACAGUUAUGGCGAUACGAGCAAUUCAACCCUCGCCGUUCAGCGGACGCAGCCCCUACGCGUCGCUCAAGUCUACAGAAUCAUCUGGCGACGGUAGACGAGCUAGAAUCGCUCGCCGAUCGCGAGCGAUGGCAACGGAUUGAGAAAUGGAGAACAGAACAGAGCCGGAUAUUGCGUCAAGAGAUUGAGCGUGAGACAAGACGGCGCCAACGACGCAGCAGUCGCGGAAGUGUUGGGACUGCCCCUCGCAGGGCAGGUAAUGACGUUCUUGGUAGUAUUUCCGAGACCAAGGCAAUGGAAACAUCGAGCGUGUCUUCAGAUACGGCUUCCUCGCCGGGAGAUUCGACCAAGGAAUCGAUCUGGCGUCGAAUAACGCGGAAGGUGAUUCGUGAUUUGAUGGGCAUUGACGAUUCCAUACUCUCUGUUAUUUUGGGAGAGUCACUGGUCGAUGAUAUCCAUUUGACUUCAUACGUUGACGAAGAAUCGCAUCCUGAUAUUCGUGAAAUGCAAGAAGCUAUUCGCGAUGUGCCAAUAACGGCCGCAUCAGACGAUGAUGCUUGGAAGGAACGUCUACUUCAACGCAUUGCGCGCGAGCUUGGUGUUCUUGUUCACCAGAUUUGGGAGCAUCCAGGAGCGUUCAGUACAUAUCUACGCUCGGACGACCCAACCGAAUUUUAUGCUGGCAUGCCAGUGACAAAUUCACAACCAUCAAUACAACCAUUUUCGAGGUCGGAUGCAUCCGCGCCGCGGACAACGCCAGAAGAUAGCAAUGUUUUUUCCAUAUCUUCACCACAGUUCAAUCCAACCCUACAACAAGACCCAGCUACGGCUGAACAUGUUGCUGAAUGGGGCAUUGACGACGUCGAGAUCGGCGCAGGCACACAAUCACAAACCAAGAACCCACAAGAACCAUCGACGAUUCCAGUCGCUACCCAGGAAUACGAAUACUGGGAGCAAGACCUCGAUGUCACAAUGAUCUUUCGCUACCUCAAGAACCGCUUCCGCCGAGGCGACAACAAAGCGAACAACACAAACACCGCCGCAUCGACAACCCGUUCCACAACCACAUACAACGAACAAGACGCCUCCAACCGCGCAGCCGUCAUCCGCCAACACCACCCUCUCGUAGCGCGGGCCCAUGCCCGGACUCAAGCCCGCCAACUCGGUCUACGCGCUCAGAUGCGUGCAGCGGGAAUUUCAACACCUACAUCCCCUAUCUCCCGUCAUCAUCAUCAUCAAGUAAACCGCUUCCGCCGCCCCAGCUCUAGUUGCGCUAGCCAGAGUACGAAGGUAUCCGCUAAACGCACUCAUACGGGGCUAGGGAGCAGUUCCAGUCGUCACUACUGGGAUAUAGGCGGCAGUGUCGGUAGUGGCAGCGCAGCUGUAUCUGUUGGUGGACCAGCUGGUGUCGGUGCAUGGGGUGAAGCCUAG